CAAAGUCCAACCCAAACCUUUGGUUUCACACACACGAACCGUUCAACCGCACACAACACAACGUUUGAGUUGAACAAAGCGAAGGCUCCUGAACAGGACAAACCAACUGGUCUUGUUGUGUUGAGCCUAAUCUCUAUCAAUUUUCAAUAUUUUAUACUAUUCUUAUUCUUCCAGUUAUAUAUAUGGUUUGUAUUUGCUAAUAGCUCCAAUGGGUACCAUUGUUGAAGCAGAUGACACAUAUACCAAGAUCCUAGGAAGAUGGCCAGUCUUUUACUAUGGCAUGGGGCACAUGCUCAAUGACAUAACUGCUGCUUGUUGGUUCACCUAUUUAUUAUUGUUCUUGACAGAUAUUGGACUUUCACCUAGGAAUGCAGCUGCUGUGAUGCUUUCAGGUCAAGUGGCUGAUGGAUUUGCCACCAUACUUGUUGGUGAACUGAUAGACAGGUUUGGACACUUCAAGAUAUGGCAUGGUGCUGGAUCUUUAUUGGUCGCAAUUUCAUUUUCGUCAGUUUUUGGUGGUUGUUUACCAUGCAAACUGUUUAGUUCCAAUUCAUGUACUUUCGAAACUGUGAGUUACAGCGUGUUUGCAGCAAUCUUCAAUUUGGGCUGGGCUGCUACUCAGGUUUCUCACAUGUCCAUGGUGAGUUGCAUCACACUGAACUCUACAAGCAGAGUGGCACUGGCUAGCUGUCGCAAUGCUUUUACCAUGGUUGCGAACCUGAGCCUGUAUGCAGUUGCAUUGAUAGUAUUCAGUGUCAUCAAUGGAAAAACACAUGACGAUGUCGAAAAUCAGUACCGCUGGAUUGCAUAUUUCUCAAUUUUUAUUGGAUGCUGCUUUGUGGGCGUAUUUCUUCUUGCAACUAAAGAGCCCAGAUUGAAGUUGGGUGUACAUGGAAUGGUUCAUGCAAGGAUUUCAUGGGAUUACUGGUUCAAGAGAAUUCUGUAUUAUCAGGUUGCUCUUGUUUAUGUUCUCACAAGAUUGGUUCUCAACAUUUCACAGGCAUACCUUGCUUUCUUUGUCAUCAAUGACCUACAAAUGGCCCAAUCAGCCAAAGCUUUGGUUCCUGCUCUCAUUUACAUCUGCAGCUUCGUUGUGUCUAUAGCAUUACAGGAGAUUGCAUGGACUGGCCGAAUGCUUAAGGCCUACUACUCUGCUGGAUGCAUUCUUUGGAUUUUUUGUGGUGCAGUGAUCCUUCUUUUAACCACAAAUAUGAGUUAUGUCAUGUACAUAGUAUCAGUAUUCAUUGGCAUAGCAAAUGCUCUCAUGAUGGUGACUGGAGUAAGCAUGCAAAACUUUCUCAUUGGAGGGAACCUUAAUGGUUGUGCAUUUGUUGUUGGAUCAUUGAGCUUUUUGGACAAAAUUUCAUGUGGGAUUGCUUUAUAUGUUCUCCAGUCAAACCAAAAUCUCUCUCCACAGCUCCAGGCAACAACCCAAUUCCCCUUUUCAGUUACAAGGGUUGGUUUGGGUCUUGUUCCUGCAUUUUGUGCUCUAGUUGGGGUUGUAGUAACUUGCACCAUGGAUUUCCACAAUCCUUCAAAGUCUAUGACGGCACCACUAUUGGCCUAGUGGUGUCAUUUAACAUAAUCAUUCACCUUUCUCUAACACAAAAGUAAAGGGAUAUAUCAUACUUGGAGAAAUUUUAGCUGCUCUGACCCAUUGGAAAAUUCAAGCAGCUAGUAGUACUGAAAAUAUUCACUUGAUAGUUUAUAUGUAUAUAUAUAUAUAUUCUUCUAUAUUUAUUGAAUUUUUGUUAAUUGUAACAAAUAUUAUUACGUCAAAUGUACAUAACAUUCACAUAACAAACAUUUGAUUAAAAUGUAACAUUCACAGUUUCGUGAACUUCUCGUUGACGAUCUGAAAUGGAAAAUAGUUACUAUGAA